CGACAGAGCUAGCAUAGCGACACACUAGUUGUCUUGGCGGCGGCUGCUUUGCAAGAGCGCCUGGACGUGCAUGCAGUUGUAGAGAGACAAGGCAACGAUUCACUGUGAUCUCUACGCCAGCCGCGGCGCGAAUCCGGAGCAAGCGGCUCGUCCUAGACCCAAGCAAGCCACUGGUUCCAAGCACAGCUGCCAUCCAGAAUGAGGAGAAGCUACGCCGCGGCUCUGUGCGUCCAGCUCGCGACAGCACUGUUCGCCGGCCACCCCUCGAAAAUUCCAGUAAAACCGGUGAACGUGGCCAUCGAGCCCCCGCCCACGACGCUCGGCGGCCCCGCGGCCCCCAGGGCAAAACAGAACCUCGCGGAGGAAUGGAAUCUGGCGGAUCGCGUGCGCGCGGCCUCCGUGCCCUCGCCGACCGAUGGACGGCGCCACGUCGCCUGGCGGCGGCUCGCGCGCCAGAGCGGCGACGCCGCGGAAACGCUCCGGGCCCGCUGGGCCGCUUGCGGCCACCACGGCUCGCCGGUCCUGCCGUUACUGGAACCGUGGGAAAUACAGGACGGCCUCGUCCGAGGCGCAGCGGACGGCGAGGCGGUGCAGCUCGCGCUGGCAGUAGGGGGCGGCGACGAAUUGUUGUUAGGGGCCGGCGUCGUCGAGACGGCGUCCGGCGCGGCCUACGAGCUCGGCGCGCCGUCCGAUUCCCAAAUCGAGGCGUGGCGGCGGCCGGACAUCGCGCUCCCUGUUGUUGACGCUCCCCAGAUGGGCUGGGUCCAGGGCGCGGCGGGCAUGGUCGCGGCGCCCACCGCGCUCGCCGCUUUAGUGGUCGCCGCCGGCGUGCUGACGCACCACCUCCAGGUCCACGUCUUCGUCAUCUAAGUCUCUUGCUUUAUCUGCCCGGCCGGGGGCGAGACAUCCCCUCCGGAGGACUCGUGACAUGA